AUGUGGAAAAAACUUUAUUUAUUUUUACUGCUUCAUUUGACAAUUGGAGCUUUUAUUAACUUCAAAAUUCCUAAUUAUUCAACGGCAUUAGCUCGUGCUGUGAUUGAUUUAAUUGAUAAUUACUAUGCCACUAAAUCUCAUACAAUUCACAUGUUCUGCACAUCGAUUGAAAAUGAAAGUUCUAGUGAAUCACAUUAUGUAAUGAAUGAGGUGAUAAGACAGAUUGAUAAAAAAGUUGCGAUAGAUGUUCUCGAAAAUUUAAAUAGCAUCAACAAUGGCAGCAUUUUGGCCAACAAAAAGCACAAAAAUGUGGACAACGUUUUCUUUUGCAACUCACAGAAAUCUCUUUUUUCCCUCAUAAAUAAUAUUACGACCAAAACCUUUGAGUAUGAUGGAAGUUACGCAAUCGUAAUCAUUGGAUAUGUUGGUGAUAUUUAUGAAUUUAUGAGUGAAAUAUUUCAAAACUUUUGGAUAAAGCACAUUGUCAAUGUUAAUGUCUUAUGGAAGACGUCAGAUGAUCAGAAUGAAGAAGCGUUCAUGUUCACAUUUUAUCCCUUUCAUUCAUCAGAAUGUGGAGAUACAACACCAGUUCAAAUUAAUACAUUUCACGACGACAUUUGGGCUUUUAAAGCACACGCAUUUCCGAAUAAAAUGAAAAAUUUAUAUGGAUGCCCUUUGCAAAUUACUUUGUCACAUCAAUUUCCGUUCAUUUAUUGGAAAGAUGGAAGUUUAAAUGGAACUAUUGAAGAUUUAGAAGGAGUUGAAGCUGAUUUAUUAAAAGUAUUGUCAGAGACAAUGAAUUUCACAUCCAAUCUUACAAUGUUUGAUGAAGAAAUAUCAUGGGGGGAAAUUUAUGACAAUGGAACUUCAACAGGGCCAGUGCAAGCAGUUAUUGAAGGAAAAGCUAAUUUUACGAUGGGAUUCUUCACGGAAUUACCAGAAAGAGAUAAAUACAUGAAGGCAAGUCAUGUUUAUUACACGAGUGAAUUGAUUUUUGUGGUUCCACCAGGAAAGUUUUACACGCCUCUUGAGAUUCUUCUGAGUCCAUUUCAAUUGACUGUCUGGAUCUUUUUCUUUAUUGCUAUUUUACUGGCUUUAUUGACAAUUGAGGUUUUGAGCUUUCUGCCAUUGGAAGUACGAAAUUUUGUGAUAGGAAGAAACGUAAAAUACGCAGGUUUGAAUGUUACAGCUGUGGUUUUGGGCGUGCCUAUGCAUAAGCUUCCCACGAGAAAUUUUGCGAAGACUCUAUUAAUUUUAUUCACAUUUCUGUGUUUCAUUAUUAACAAUUCUUACAGAGGAAGUUUGUUUAAAAACAUGCAGAAAACCUUGACAAAGCCACCUAUGGCUUCAAAUGAAGAACUUUUCAAAACAGAUUUCAAGUUUUACAUUUAUUACUCAGAUUAUCUUUUGAUACCAGAAUUAACUCACAUUAUCGAACGGUCAAUCUCUUUAGAUGACAACGAAUUUAAUCUUAAAUAUGACGAUGUUACUAAUCCAGAUUUUAAAGGGGCGUUGAUGUCAAUGAAAGAUUACGUUAAAAGGAGAAAUAAAUUGAAACAUAGGAAUGGAAAAACACAUCUUAGAUCUAUAAAUGAUGCGAUUUUUCAACUAAACGUUGUUACGUACUUGAACGAAGAGUCAAACCUUGUUCAUGAAAUGAACGAAAUCAUUCUGAGAUUAAUCGAUGGUGGAUUGAUCAAAGAAUGGGCCAAGAGAGCUUUUGGCGAAGACAUUGGUUCUUAUCCCAAAGAUGACACAACGGAAAAAGCUUUAAGUAUAAAGCACUUGAUGGGUUCCUUUUAUUUACUUGGUAGUUUGCUGCUUUUAAGCACAAUAAUUUUCAUAGCUGAAAUUUCUAUUGUAAAAUUAAAGAAAUAA